GACUUUUUAUCUUUACUGUCCCAUCCCUAAAAACGUGUGAUUUGUUUUUAUUCUUACAUCCACUUGUUUGCUCGUUUAAAAUGGCCCUUUUGACUGAGAAACGUGCUAAAAAGACACCUGCCCCUGCAAAUAACAGUUCCCAGGAAGAAUCCGAAUCCGAUGGCGGUCAGAAUUCUACCAGUGAUGCAGAGGGCAAUGCCGGGUGGGCGGAUUCCAUACUGAAAGUCCUGAAAACCACCAAGCCAGAAACCCAAAAUAAAACCGUGCUUGCUCGUGCUAAAAACAGCCAGGCGGCUGUGCGAUUCCAAAAAGCCGCUGCCGCGAAGAAGCCGGGAUUCGACUUUGAGAUUGAGAAAACAGAUGUAAAGGAGGAAGACGAAGAAGACGAUGAUGAGGAUGAGAAGCCAGAGGUAUCCGCUUUGGAUGCCACGCUGACGAAACAGCAGCGUAAGAAUGUUCCACUUCAGCUACGCGUGAAGCCCAGUUUUCGGGACAUGGAGCGCGAGCGAACGCUUCGCAAAGUGGCCACCCGUGGAGUAGUUCAAUUCUUCAACGCUGUACGCAUUCAGCAAAAGGAUUUGCAGCAGCAAUUAGAAGAUGCAGGACCAUUGGACAGCCGACAGGAUGCAGUGCUAAACAACAUCAACAAACGCAAGUUCCUGGAUGUCCUCAUGAGCGGCAAGCGCGCCAAAUCCACAGCCAUAGAUAACUCAGUAAAGAAAGAGGAACAAGAAACAGAUGAUGACGACGAUGAUGAUGGUUCCAGCGGCAAAAAGAAGCCUGAAUGGAGUGUGUUGCGCGAGGACUUUAUGACUAACAAGAAAAUCAAGCACUGGGACGAGGAAGACGAUGAGGAGGUAAACAAUGAUGAAGCUGAUGACAGCGAUGACGACGAGGAUUAGCUUUAAUUAUCAAAUAAAUGUUAGAUUUUCAAUUAAAA